UGUUCCCAGUUUUCGUCUAUAGAGUACCAACACACUGCGGGUGUACUUGUGUUAAAACAUUUGUAUACGACUACUGGAAUGUUCAUGUAUCUCAUCCCUUCACGGGAUUUCCUUAAUGCCGGUGAAGGACUCUUGUUCUGAGAAACGAACUAUCUUCUCCUUCCUUGCAUCGUACAUGAUUACUUCCCAUUCGCCAAAGGGUUUGGCAAAUGAAGCAGCGGGUUUGGGGCUUUAUCGUGGCUGUAAUAAUAUUGUUGUGUCCCACAGGGGCGUACCUAUUUAUCGUGAUAGAGAGCGGCAACGAGCAAAGACUUCGUCAGUUGAAGAUCCUGGUGGCGCAGGAUGCCGAGGACUCCCUGGAAUAUAUCAUCUCACUGUUAUGGUACCAGAACACGCAGAACCUCACCAAGACACAGUACUCCUCCAUGGUGAUGAGCAACCUGAAUGUGCUACAGCAGUUCGUGGUGCAGAAGGCGUCUGACCCUAGCGUCAGGUAUGACGGGUAUAUCUACACGUGGGACUACGUCUGGACAUACCCCAAGGCUAUUUUCUUCACCAUCACCACAAUUGCUUCCAUUGGAUAUGGGAACGUUGUUCCCAAGACCUUCAUGGGACGCUUGGUAACCAUCUUGUACAGCGUGGUGGGCAUCCCGAUGCUCCUAGUGGCCCUGGCUAACGUUGGUGAAUGUCUCGCUGAUGCCUGCAGGUAUAUAUACAGCCGGAUGUGUUGCCGCUGGUGUCGAGUGAAACGAAAAUUUUCUGAGCUCAAGAAGAAGACACCACAGAAAGGAUUUUUGUGGAACGAUGACGUUGGUUACGAGUCAUACAUGCCUACGCAGAAGGUAAAUGUGCCCAUCGUUGUGAACCUGUUCGUGAUCACGGUGUACGCCAUGAUGUGCGGGAUACUCUUCUGUUGGUGGGAGCAAUGGGACUUCAUGUCAGCCAUCUACUUCACCUUCAUCACCCUCACCACCAUCGGCUUCGGUGACCUGGUGCCGGGUAACCAUGACGGAGACGGGUUAUCUGCUAUUUUCAAGAUGUUUGUAACCUGUCUUAUAUGUUUCGUAGGCAUGGCGCUGUUGUCAAUGUGCAUCAACCUAAUGCAAGAACAACUGAUAGUAAAGACUCGCUGGAUGUUGAUGGAGCUGGGCAUCAUGGAAGAGGAUAUCGACCCCAUGGAGAAGUACAAGUACAAGAAGAGUAAGAAGGGGACGGUACUGGAGACCCACAAAGACAGGGACGGUAAUAAACGCCUCAGUCUUAUGAAUGCCGAUGAGGGAGAGUCUACCGCCUCUAAGCCUAAAACAUACUCCAACAUCAAGGAGGAACUGGAGGAUAUGUAGUCUUUAGUCUUCACCACCAAGCCUAAAACGUUCUCCAACACCAAGGAGGAACUGGAGGAUAUGUAGUCUUUAAACUUCACCACCAAGCCUAAAACGUUCUCCAACACCAAGGAGGAACUGGAGGAUAUGUAGUCUUUAAACUUCACCACCAAGCCUAAAACGUUCUCCAACAUCAAGGAGGAACUGGAGGAUAUGUAGUUUUUCGUCUUCAUCACCAAAGCCCAGUCCCUGGACCCAUUAUGUACCUCUGUAAUAUUUUGACUACCGCCCACAUGUGUAUGGGAUGCACAAUAAAGACAUUAAACCAAACACCAUCAAGCUGAGAUGUUUUCCAAAGUCAGUGAGAAGCUGGACGAUGUGUAGUCUUUAGCCUUCACCUUUUAAAAAAUGUCAUAGAUAAGGGUAGUCACACAGUGUCCUGUAUUAAAAUAUUAUAGGAAAAUACCAGGCUUAUAAGAGAAUAUGUACAAUACAUGUCCAUCACCAACUACAUUGUUUAAUAACUUAACUGAGUAAAACUGAAAAAUCUUAACCUAGAAAUUUUAAUAGCCUCUGUGGCAUUUAAUUUGACAUCGGGAGAAGUAGAGGUUGGGUAAGAUUCACCAGGAAACGGGUUCCCUGACGCAGAUGUUAGUCAUAUGAUGACCCCAUUACUGGAGCUUUUGGUCAUCUGACCGAGGCUUUUCGUUGGCUUAUCGGUACACCCCUUUAAAAAUGAAGAUUAUUAUCGGGAGGAGACCUGAUACCUUAGUUAAGGUUAGUCCAAAUUUUAUUCCCUAGUAAGAAAAUAGUUAAAUUGUUAUUGGUACACCCUAGAUAUAUGGAUAUAAUAAGUAGGUUAAAAAAAGGACCUAAGGAAAAAGAGAGUGAUAACAGAACGUCCAGCAGACGGUUAAGUCCUCGUAAUUGUCAGGAUUCUGGUGAUAUCGCUCAACUAGUGGCAAGUUACAGCUGACUCGACAGACGACCCUUCACGGGGGAAGAACUUAGAUGUCUGUGAAAGACUUGAUCUAAGUAAUUUGAGCUAUUCUCCCUUUCCUUAGACCACCCACAUUAUUUCGCAUACCUGUAGGUUACCUGUGGUUGCUUCCGGGAUCACCGUUCCCUCGACCUGGUCCCAGACCAGGCCUUUUGGUUGCUGGCCUAAUCAAUCAGACUACUGGUACCCGCCGUCCUCAGUCCGACAUCUGCACCACAGCCUGGUUGAUCAGGAGCUGAGUGGAGGAAUUUAUAGCGUUUCCUCCUGAAGACAGCCGUUGAUAAUCCCUCAUUCCCCGGGUUGUUUCCAUGAUUAUAAUUAACAAGAGCCGGUUUAUCCUCAGCACUGCAGUUGUAACAUCUGCGAGGGGUAACAAUGACAUGCUGCCACACUAUACAGUGGAGUGCCCAAACAUCAAGAUGUUCAGACCUGCUGGACUGGAGAUUGGAGCACUUCGAACUUCGCAUCCACUUAAACUGAGCUGCAAGAAUAGGGUUGUCUCGUGACUUAUGGGUGGAGGAUCGAGCCUCCAACACUCAUUGCACUGAAUAACAAACGAGUUUAGCAUUUCAUGGAAAUAUAUAAUGUAACCA